AUGCCAGCACAGGUUCCUCCGCUAACUCCUGGUACGAAUAAAAAAAUGACUGAAGCGUUGAAGGCGUCAUUCGCAUCUUGGGAAAAAGAGCAGAUCAAACUGAACAUUGUCAAAGAUCCUAGGGAAUGGAAUGAGACGGCGGUUGAACAUUGGUUAUCCUGGGCGAUCAGGGAGUUCUCCCUGGAAGGCGUGAAGCUCCAGCAGUUCUGCAUGCGAGGAAAAGACAUUUGCGCCAUGGGCAAAGAGGCCUUCCUCGCCAGAGCUCCCCCCUUCAUGGGCGACAUCCUCUGGGAACACCUAGAAAUAUUACAAAAAGGUGUGGAGUACACCGAUUGCUAUCCCCCAUAG